AUGCAGAAGUUGGUCAAAGAUAAGCGCAUUCAGGAUGCCGCUACUCCAGCUCUGCUUCACCCUGAUUUUCACAAAAGGAAUAUCUAUGUCUCAGCCGAGGGACCAACCAUUAUUACUGGCGUGAUUGAUUGGGAAUCAACAAGCAUUGAGCCUGCGUUCAUUUAUGCCAAUGAGACUCCUGAUUUUGCUGCACUCCCUGAGGGCUCAGAGGGAAACACGUUCGAGAACGGACAAGACGAAUACAAAGUUCCGGGCCACAAGGAACAAGAAUGGAAAGACGUGUCGAUCUGUUACCGGACAUACGAUGUGUGCAUGAACGGCCUUGCUCCUAAACUACGCCCCGCGAGGUUACUCGAUCCGCCCUUGUUUCGAGUCUUCCAAUACUGUCAUACGACUUGGAGAGACAGUGCCACAGCUAUCCGCCAAGAGUUAAUUGAGCUUGCAGCUCGCUGGACAGAACUGGGACUGCAGGGCUCUUGCCCAUUUUCUCCGACUGAAGAAGAACUAAAGAAGCACGCUCGGGACUAUGAAGACUUUGAGACCGUCCAAAAGCUUAAACUAUGGCUAAGAAACUCCCUCCAUACGAACCCUGAUGGCCGGGUUCCGAAUGAUGUAUGGACUGCUGCGAAAGAUGCUCAUCGCGCGGCGUGCGAUGAAUGGAUACAGACGGCCAGAGAAUCCGAGUCUCGUGGCGAGGGUCUGACAGUAGCAAAAGCGGACAAGUUGUGGCCAUUUGAUGCUAGCUAA